GCGCUAGGAGCAGGUGGACGAGGACGGGCGGCGGCGGCCGCAGCAGGAAGGAGCGGGAGGAGGAGGAGGAAGGAGGGAGCAUGGCCACCGAGGAGCGGCUCUACGAGCUGUGGAUGCUCUAUUAUGCCAAGAGGGACCCGGGCUACCUGCAGCAGUGGCUGGAGGCCUUCGUGGCCAGCUUCGAGAAGGUCAUCGCCGUCCAGUCUCUGGAGCCGCGCCGGCCGGAAGAGGCGGUGGCGGAGAUCCCCAGCCUGCCCCGGGACCUGCUCCGCGUCCUGAGCCAGCAGCUCAGCGUCUGCGCGGAGCGUCUGCGCCGCCGCCGGCCGGACGGGGACGGGGACGGGGACGGGGGGACCCGGGCCGGCCUGGCCCAGGCCCUGCUGCUGGUCAAGUUCUUCGUCGUCAUCUGCAGGAAUCCGGAGAACGUCCAGCCCGACAAGACCCCCGUGUUCGUACACCAGGUCAUGGCCCUGCUGGCAGCCUGCACCGCCCAGCUCAAGAGCGGCCCCCCGCAGCCGGCCCAGCUGGAGACGGUGGCCGCCCACGUCCUGCUCCUGUGCGAGUGUCUCUUCGACCCCUACCAGACCUGGCGGAGGCAGCUGAGCGGGGAGGCGGUGAGUCCGAAAGAGAGGAGCAGGUACAGGUUUGCCGCGGCCGCUCUGCCCCAGACCUUCGGCGACGUCUUCCAAGAGUGUUUCCGGGAAGGCGAGCGGCCCCUGCCCCCGGCCCUGCAGCUGCGCCUCGUCCACCUCUUCGGAGCCGUCGUCUCCGGCCGGAAGGAGAACGCGCUGGCGGCCGUGGGCCCGGGCUCGGUGGGCGCGCUGCUGGGGGUCCUGCGGGGCUGGAGCGGCCCCCCGGGACCCCCCGGGGACCCCCGGCUCCUGCGGCUGGUGCUGCGGGGGCUGGUGGCGGCCGUUCACCUGCUGCACGGCUGCGGCGCCCCCCGGCGCGGGCCCGAACUCCGGGCGCUCCUGGACGGCUACUUCCACGUGCUCAACGCCGACCGGGCCGCCCCCGCCCAUCCGGAGGAGGGGAUCGUCACCCUCCGGAUCGGCAUGCUGGACGCCAUCCCCCGGAUGCUGGACUGUGAGGACCGCCCCACCCUGCAGGCGGAUUUCCUCGGCAACAACUGCUUCGAGCACAUCAUCCGCCUCGUCCAGAACAGCCAGCUCUACCAGAGCUCCUGGUGCCCGGCGGCUCGGGGGGCAGGGAGGGAGCCCGCCGCUCAGUUACCGCCCGAGACGGGUGCCCAGAAGGCGCCGGACGGGGACGAGGACGCCAUCGCGGUUCACGCCGUCGCCGUCCUCACCGCCAUCAUGAGCAACUCGCCGUCGGCCAAGGAAGUGUUCAAGGAGAGGAUUGGCUACUCCCACCUGUUUGAGGUCCUCCGAUGCCAAGGCCCCCCAACUCGCCGCCUGCUGCAGGAGCUGCUCAACAUGGCGGCGGAAGGCGACCACGCGGCCCGCCCGCCCCCGGCCAUCCGCAACGAGCAGCCGCUGCUGGUCCUGGCCCGCUGGCUCCCGGCCCUGCCCUCCCCGGACCUGCGGGUCUUCCUGGCGGAGCGGCUGCGGGCCCUGUGCGACGCGGGGCCCCGCAGCCGCUCGGCCUGCGUCCGGGCGGGCAUGGUGGACCGCCUGCUGGAGGCCCUGGGGGCCGGGCCGGGGCCCCGCUGCGCCGACCACCUGCUGCAGCUGCUGCGGGCCCUGGGCGGCGUCUCCCUGCGGCCGGCCCAGCUGCGUCGCCUCUUCCGCCUGCUGUGGCCCGAGGCCGGCCGGGCGGCCCACCCCUUGGCCGCCCCGGUGGUGCGGGCCCUGUCGGGCAUGGCGCGCCGGGAGGGCCCCGACCGCGCCCUGCGCUACUUCGACCUGACCCCCGGGAUGGCGGGCAUCGCGGUGCCGCCCAUCCAGCGCUGGCCCGGGGCCGGCUUCUCCUUCCACGCCUGGCUCUGCCUCAACCGGGAGCCGGCCUCCCGCCUCCGCCGGAGGCAGCUGUACAGUUUCUUCACCCCCGGCGGCACCGGGUUCGAGGCGUUCUUCACGGCCGGCGGGACGCUGGUGGUGGCCGUCUGCACCAAGAAGGAGUACAUGACCGUGGCCCUGCCCGAGUUCCCCUUCAAGGACUCGGCCUGGCACUCCGUCGCCGUGGUCCACGUCGCCGGCCGCCGACCCUUCGGCCAGAACCUGGUCCACGUCUACGCCGACGGGCGGCUCCUCAGGACGGCGCAGCUGCGCUGCCCGUCGCUCGGCGAGGCCUUCUCCUCGUGCUGCAUCGGCUCGGCCGGCCACCGCACGACGACCACCGCCGCCGGCCCGGGCCCCGCCGCCUUCGCCCCGCCGGCCCGCUUCCCGGACCCGCCCUUCCCGGCCCACCCGCUGCUGGCCCGCUCCCGGUCCUUCCCCGCCGCCUUGGCCGGCCGCGGGUGGGCCCCGGGGCCCCCGGCGGGGCCGGGGACCCCCCAGGAGGGCGGGGUGACCACGACGGUGGCCGGCGGCCAGGACACGGAGUGGGGCAGCCCCACGUCCCUGGAGGGGCAGCUGGGGUCCGUGGCCGUCUUCCACGAGGCCCUGCAGGCGUCCCACGUCAAGAACCUCCACGCCUCAGGGCCCAACGAGACCUCGCCCUUCAAGCCCGACAGCGAACUGCACGAGCUGAGCGGCAAGCUGCUGCUCUAUUACACUCCCCAGGCCUGCCGGAACAACAUCUGCCUGGACCUGGCGCCGGGACAGAGUCUGGACGGGAGGCUGACCGGGCAUAAGGUGGUCAACUGGGACGUCAAGGACGUGGUGAACUGCGUGGGCGGCAUGGGGGCCCUGCUGCCCCUCCUGGAGCAGGUGGCCGCCCAGGCGCGCGAGAGCGAGGGGCUGCCCCAGACCCAUCACCUGGUAGGGCCGGAGCUGACGUCCUCUCACGACGCCCAGGGGCUGCUCAUCCCCCUGGGCAAGGCCUCGGAGGGCCGCCUGGAGCGGAACGGAGUGGCCGCCUUCCUCCUCAUGGUGAAGAACUUCCUCCGCGGGCACCCGGUCAACCAGGACGGCUUGAUACAGUGCCACGGGCCCGCCAUCAUCGGGGCGCUGCUGCAGAAGGUGCCCAGCCACGCCAUGGACAUGAACGUGCUCGUGGCCGCCCAGAUGCUCAUGGAGCAAGUGGCUUCGGACGGGCACGGUCCCCUCCUGCACCUCCUCUACCAGCACCUCCUCUUCGACUUCUCCCUCUGGAGCCACAGCGACUUCGCCGUCCGAUUGGGCCACAUCCAGUACCUGUCCGGCACGGUGAAAGAUCACAGGCAGAGAGUGCGAAGGAAAUACGGCGUCCAGUACAUCCUCGACUCCGUGCGGACUCACUACAGCCCGCGGCGGGAGCGUCCCUUGGCGGCGGACGACCUCCGGACGGUGCAGACGUCGCUGUUGGGCCUGGCCAAGGACUUCCUGGCCCGCGGCCCCUCCCCGGAGGAGCUGCACGGCCUGCUGGGCUACCUGGCCGGGACCGCCGACCAGGGCCAGGCCUGCGGCGCGCUGGACGUGAUGCUGGACCUGCUGAAGGGCUCCCCGGCCCAGGACCAGCUGGGCAGCUUCCUGCUGGAGCCGGGCAACGUGGAGGUUCUCUUCGCCCUGCUGGUGAGGCCCUCCGCCUCCGACGGCCUGAGGGACCGGCUCUUCAAGGUCCUCUACAAGCUGCUGCGGAGCGAACGCGUGGCGGAGCGCAGCAAGCAGCGGCUGAAGCUGAAGGAGCCCGGCUUCCGCGGCCUCAUCGCCUGCCUGCCCGACGGGCCCGUCUCCCCCCGCCUCUGCCGCUGCCUCUGCGACCAGGUCCUGGCGGCCGACUGCCCGAACCUCGGGGACCUGCUGGCCGUGGUGUCCCUGUCUCAGCGAGCCCCUCUCGGCGUCCGGCUGGACAUCUGUCGCAAGCUGUUCCACCUGAUCUACGGGCAGCCGGACGUGGUGCGCCAGCUGGCCCGGCAGGUGGGCUGGCAGGACACGCUGACCCGCCUGUACGUGCGCGAAGCCCCCCCGGACCCCCCGGCCGAGCCCGCCGACGUGUUCCUGCCGCCGGCCUCGCCCCCGGGCCCCGGGCCGGGCCGCGACCCCUCGGAGGGCGGCAGCCGGUCUUCGUCGUCGUCGUCCUCCGCCCCGGCGCCCCCGGCCGGCGACGCCCUCUACCAGCCGCUGUCGCCCUUCGGCUCGCCCUUCGACCUGGGGCCCGAGCUGGCCAGCGUGGGCUCGGACGCCACGGCCGGCAGCAGCGGCAACCUGACGCCCGUCAGCCUGCCGGGCACCCCCUCGCCGCUGGACGGGGGCCGCCCCUUCCCCCCGCCGCGGGGCCGGCACAGCUCCAGCCUCUCCAACGUGCUGGACGACGGCAGCUUCCAGGAGUCCGUCGGGGCCGGGGGGCCCGAGGACGACGCCUCCAACACCAGCAACCCCCAGCAAGCCCCCGAGGAGGAGCUGAGCAACCUCCUGACCAACAUCCUGUUCUCGCUGACCUGGCGCGGCGUGGAGGGCGGCGACGAGGCCGCCUGGCGGGAGCGGGGCCAGGUCUUCUCCGUCCUCACCAAGCUGGGGGCCGCGGGCGAGCUGGUCCGCCCGCCCGACGAGAUCAAGCGCAGCCUCCUGGAGAUGAUGGUGGAGUCGGCCCUGUCGGACCUCCACGAGGCGGUGCCCGCCACCCUGCCCGCCCUCACCCAACACGUGCUCAAGUUACUGCGCCUGCUGCAGGACUUCCUGUCCUCCGAGGGUCACGCCAACCAGGGACUGUGGAGCGAGAAGCUCUUCGAGGGGGCGACCGGCCUGCUGGACCGGCUGGGCGUGUGGCAGCACCUGGCCGACGGCAGCGCCGACCUCAAGGAGAUGGCGCAGAUUGGACUGCGCCUGGUCGUCGGCUACAUGCUGCUGGACAGCACCCAGCUGCACGCCCUGGCCCACGUGAAGCUGCACGGGCUGCUGCAGACGGCGACGCCGCCGCGCCGGCAGGAGGCCUGCUACCUGCUGGCCAAGCUGGAGGCCCCGCUGGCCCGGGCGCUGGAGGCCAAGUCGGAGCGCUGCUCGUGGCUGGUGCCCCUGGUGCGGGCGCUGCUGGACCGCGCCUACGCCGCCCUGGGGCUGCAGUGGGGGCUGCCCUCCCUGCCCCCCACCAACGGCAGUCCCACCUUCUACGAGGACUUCCAGGCCUUCUGCGCCUCCCCGGAGUGGCGCGCCUUCAUCGACAAGCAGGUGCAGCCGACCAUGUCUCAGUUUGAGAUGGACACCUACGCCAAGAGUCACGACCUCAUGUCCAACUUCUGGAACUCCUGCUACGACGCCCUGCUCAGCAGCGCUCAGCGCCGGGAGAAGGAGCGGGCCGAGAGCCGUGCCAUUUUCCAGGAGCAGGUGUUGGAGCCGGCGCGCCAGCGGGUGCGGAUGGAGGGCCUGCGCUACGGCUCCGUGCAGAAGCAGCUGGCCUCUCAGCACGCCACGGUCCUGCUGCACUGGGCCGCCCUGCGACGCCUCCUCACCGCCCCCUGCUCCGCCUGGGCCGACAGGGACCCUCCCCCGACCCGCUGGAAACUCUCCAGCGCGGAGACGUACUCUCGCAUGCGGCUCAAGCUCGUCCCCAGCCACCAUUUUGACCAGCACAGCGAGGCCAGCGCCCUGAGGGACAACCUGGGUGCCGACCACCUGGCCGCCCCCACGGACUCGCUGCCCCUCGCCGUGGCCAAGGAGGCCCGGGUCAACGCGCUGGAGGAGGACCACCUGGGCAAGGAGGAGCUGGCCAUGCUGGACACCGCCGCGGAGCCCAAGGAGCCGGGCGAGCAAGGGGAGAAGCUGGUCCUGUCGGAGGAGUGCCAGCUCAUCACCAUCGUGGCCACCGUCCCGGGCCGCCUGGAGGUCACCACGCAGAACCUCUACUUCUACGACGGCAGCAGCGAGAAGGAGGAGACCGAGGAAGGCAUCGGCUACGACUUCCGCCGGCCCCUGGGGCAGCUGAGGGAGGUGCACCUUCGCCGCUACAACCUGCGCCGCUCGGCCCUCGAGUUCUUCUUCAUCGACCAGGCCAACUACUUCCUCAACUUCCCCCGCAAGGUCCGGAACAAGGUGUAUUCCUGUAUCUUGGGCCUGCGGCCGCCCAGCCAAGGCUACUUCGGCAACCACUCUCCCCAGGAGAUGCUCAAGGCCUCCGGGCUGACCCAGAAAUGGGUGAACCGGGAGAUCUCCAACUUCGAGUACCUCAUGCAGCUCAACACCAUCGCCGGCCGAACCUACAACGACCUCUCCCAGUACCCGGUGUUUCCCUGGAUCCUGCGGGACUACGUGUCGGACACCCUGGACCUCGACGACCCCUCCGUCUUCCGGGACCUGUCCAAGCCCAUCGGGGUGGUCAACGCCCGCCACAGGCAGCUCGUGCGCGAGAAGUACGAGAGCUUCGAGGACCCUACGGGCGCCAUCGACAAAUUCCACUACGGCACCCACUACUCCAACGCCGCCGGGGUGAUGCACUACCUGAUCCGCACGGAGCCCUUCACCUCCCUGCACAUCCAGCUGCAGAGCGGCCGCUUCGACUGCUCGGACCGCCAGUUCCACUCGGUGCCCGCCGCCUGGCAGGCCCGGCUGGAGAGCCCGGCCGACGUCAAGGAGCUGAUCCCCGAGUUCUUCUACUUCCCCGACUUCCUGGAGAAUCAGAACGGCUUUGACCUGGGCAGCCUCCAGCUGACCAACGAGAAGGUGGGGGACGUGGUGCUGCCCCGCUGGGCCCGCUCCCGGGAGGACUUCAUCCACAAACACCGGCAAGCCCUGGAGUCGGAACACGUGUCCGCCCACCUGCACGAGUGGAUCGACCUGAUCUUCGGCUACAAGCAGCGCGGGCCGGCCGCCGUGGACGCCCUCAACGUCUUCUACUACUGCACCUACGAGGGGGCCGUGGACCUGGACGCGGUGGCCGACGAGACGGAGCGCAAGGCGCUGGAGGGCAUCAUCAGCAAUUUCGGGCAGACGCCCUGCCAGCUGCUCAGGGAGCCCCACCCCACGCGGCUCUCGGCGGAGGACGCCGCGCAGCGGCUGGCCCGACUGGACACCUACUCCCCCAACGUCUUCCAGGACCUGGGCCAGCUCAAGGCCUUCUUUGUGGAGGGCAUCAGCGACGGAGUGCCCCUGGCCCAGGCCGUGGUGCCCCACCGCCAGGCCCGCUCCUUCAUCACCCAGGGCUCCCCGGACCUGCUGGUGACCGUGAGCGCCAACGGGCUGCUGGGCACGCACAGCUGGCUGCCGUACGACCGCACCAUCUCCAACUACUUCACCUUCUGCAAGGACCCCACCGUGGGCAACGCCAGGCUGCGGCGCGUGCUGAGCGGGCCGUGGGCGGAGGACGGCGGGGUGAGCGGGAAGGCCCUGGCCGUGGCCCCCGACGGGAAGCUCCUCUUCAGCGGCGGCCACUGGGACUGCAGCCUGCGCGUCACCUCCCUGCCCCGCGGAAGGCUGCUCUGCCAGCUCAUCCGCCACAUCGACGUGGUGACCUGCCUGGCGCUGGAUCUCUGCGGCAUCUACCUGAUCUCGGGCUCCCGGGACACCACCUGCCUGGUGUGGCAGGUCGUGCAGGAGGGGGGGCUGUCCGUCAGACUGGCCCCCAAGCCCGUGCAGGUCCUCUACGGCCACGUGGCCGCCGUGUCCUGCGUGGCCAUCAGCACCGAGCUGGACGUGGCCGUGUCGGGCUCCGAGGAUGGAGCGGUGAUCCUGCACACGGUGCGGAGGGGUCAGUUCGUGGCUUCCCUGAGACCCCCCGGGGGCGCGGUGCCCGGGCCCGUGGGACUCCUGGCCGUGGGGCCCGAGGGCCAGAUCGUCGUCCAGAGCUCGGCCCGGGAGCGGCCCGGAGCUAAGGAGAGCUGUUCCCUGCACCUGUACUCGGUGAACGGGCGGCUGCUGGAGUCGCGGGCCCUGGAGGAGCGGCCCACCGCCCUCCUGCUGGCCGAGACCUUCGUGCUCCUGGGCACCGCCCAGUGCGCCCUGCACAUCCUGCACCUCCACAGCCUGGACCCGGCAGCGCCACCCCUGCCCAUGAAGGUGCCCGUCCACAGCGUGGCCAUCACCAAGGAACACAGCCACGUGCUGGUGGGGCUGGCGGACGGGAAGCUCAUCGUCGUGGGCGCCGGGCAGCCCUCGGAGGUCCGCUCGGGGCAGUUCGCCAGGCGGCUGUGGCGGUCCACCCGGCGGAUCUCCCAGGUGUCCUCGGGAGAGACCGAGUACAACCCACCCGAGCCCAAGUGAGCGCCCGCCGGACCCGGCCUCCCGACUCCGCCCCCGGAAGGGGAUCUCGUCGGCGGGCUCCGAUGUCCGGGGACGGGCCGGCCGGACCUCCCUCUGCCUCGCCCGGCGUCCGGCCCCGGGACUCGGGGUGGCUCCCGGUCACUAGCUGACCUCGUUCGCGGCCCUUCGGACCCACGGGCCCGGGGAAGGGGCCGGAGGGGCGGCCGGGACCCCCCCCCCCCCCCCGACUCCCCGUGCAAUAUUGGCCCCGGCCCGGGGCCCCCGACCUACUGUACGGAGCGCCCCGGAGGUAUAGAUGUAUAAAUAGUCGUCCGGGCCGCCCCGGAGAUCCGUGGAGUCGCCCCUCUCCCCCGCCUCCGGCGGGCAGAGGCGUCUCCCCCCCGGCGUGGCGCCGGCGCCCGGCCCGCCUGCUCAGGGAUCGGUGGGGGCGGGCGACGCCCCCUCGCAGGGAUUUG